CGCUUUGGCACAGUGUCCCAUUGACUAGACUGUGACAAACCGAGCAGCGCAAUUCAAUGCGUCUCUGCACUCAGCAGUCUCAAAGUGGGCUCGUGAUGUAUGAGAGAUCGCGCAUUCUGGACUCGAGGAGAUAAAUGAUGCGCACCUCCAGAAGGUCACAUUUUGGACAGGUAUGAGACCUGUGGCGUUCGCGGAUGAAGGACCGGCAGAUCUUGAGAGGAUCUAAAUGUAGCUCAGCAUCUGACUUCCAUUCAACCACCAGGCCUGGCACAUGGAUGGAUCCGGCUGUACUCAUGGAAUACAAAGCCCGUGCCAGUGAGCAUGCCCGUCCGAGCCCACUGCUCUCCGGGAGCCUUUCCACAGCGUCCUCCUCCUCCUCCUGACACAGCUUCCCCGCUCGGACAUCCCCUGGUCACUUCAAGUCCAAUCGCCAUGAGGACGACCGCUCGGUGAUUCGGAGCAUCUGCGCGCCCGCACGGACCGGAGACCUCUCCCUCUCUCUUUUUGGGUUCGCGCUUUUGUUGGCUAUUCACCGGAUUUAUCUGUGCUGUGGGCUUCCUUUGUGUCAAAGGGCUUAACGCAGAGUGCGCGGAGGGCAACAGAGCGGGGGCUUUGCUUCGCCCGCUGUUGCGCACAGCUGCUCUCUUUGUGGCCGGGUCGUAAUGGCAGCGGGACGGCCGGAGGCGCAGGACCACACGCCCGAGAACGGCUUCACUCCGGUGGAGCGCCCAGCGCCCCGGCUGCUGCCGCACAUCGACGGCUCUGUUCUGCCGUCACUUGGGGGCUUCGGGAAACACCAGAAGCAGCUCGUGGUCUUGACCUGGAUACCGGCAUUGUUCAUCGGCUUUAGCCAGUUUUCGGAUUAUUUCCUUCUGGCGCAACCCAAUGGCACUUGUGUGCAACCCCUGGCUAACGACAGCAACUGGACCGUGGCGUCCCCGCCGGUCACCGUCACCAGUGUCGCGCCCUCGCUCCAACCCGGAGGCAACGACACCAGGGAGGGAUACGGCGACGGCGUCGGAAUGCUGUGCACUUGUAAGGAGUGGAGGCUGGAGCUGCAGACGGGACUUAGUCAGAAUGUGGUUACCAAGUGGAACCUGGUGUGUGACUCGGCCUGGAAGGUUCACAUUGCCAAGUUCUCUUUGCUUGUGGGCUCCAUAUUUGGCUACCUUGUGAUGGGUGUCAUGGCUGACUGGUUUGGUCGACACCCAGUGUUGAUUCUUUCGGUGCUUUUCAUGCUGGUGUUUGGUCUGAGUGUUGCCUUCUCUGUAAAUGUCACCAUGUUCAGCACGUUGCGCUUCUUUGAGGGUUUCUGCUUGGCGGGCCUUGCUCUCUCCCUCUACGUGCUCAGGAUCGAGCUUUGUUUGCCAGGCUGGCGCCUCUCCAUGACUAUGGUGGCCAGUUUUCUUAUGGUGGGCGGGCAGCUAUUGAUGCCAGGGGUGGCCGCUCUGUGCCGCCAUUGGCCAAACCGGGAUGACUGGCAGGUCCUGCAGAUCGUCAUAAUCAGCCCUUUCGUUCUGAUGCUGCCCUAUGUCUGGAUUUUUCCUGAAUCUCUGCGCUGGUUGCUGGCCACCCAGCACUACAGGCGAUCCAAAGCCAUGAUGCUGCGCAUCGCCAGGAAGAACCAGGUUGACAUGACAACAGAGCCCAGUGGAGUUCUCACAGAGCUGGAGCAGGAGCUGCACAAGAAACCCCAGAGGAGCUGCAUUGUCAAGAUGAUGAGCACCAGGAACCUGUGGAAAAACAUUGUGGUGCUGUGUGUCAACUCUCUGACAGGUUAUGGGAUUCACCACUGCUUCGCCCGCAGUAUGAUGGACCCCGAGGCUCAGCCCACGGCUUUGUGCCACGCUGACUAUUACACUAUGGCAGGCAUCGCUGUGGCAACCUGCCUGGCACUUUGCCCUGCAGUGGGGUUGAUGGGUCGGCGUGGAGGGCUGCUCACCUUCAUGAUCAUAACGGCCCUGGCAUCACUGCUGCAGCUGGGUUUGCUUAACUUGAUUGGGAAGUACAGCCUUCGGCAUGACACAGUUUUACGAGACACGCUUAACAGGAAAUUCUCCGUGGCCUUCUCCAUAAUCGGGAUGUUCUCUUCUCAUGCUGUCAGCACGCUCAGCAUUUUCUUUUGUGCUGAAAUCACUCCUACUGUCAUCAGGGGUGGAGGACUGGGCUUGGUCCUGGCUAGCGCUGGCUUUGGCAUGCUCACUGCACCUAUCAUGGAGCUCCACAACCAGAAGGGCUACUUCCUGCAUCACGUGAUCUUUGCCUGCUGCACCCUGCUGUGCAUCAUCUGCCUCCUGCUGCUGCCUGAGCCACGGGGACAGCCCCUGCCAGAGAGCCUGGCCGACGGAGAGACCUUCACCCGUCAGACCCUGCUCCAUCCGGGAGAGCAGCACCUCCUUCUCGCCAAGAAUGACAGGGACUACUCCCGUGUUCACGACACACCGUUACAUCUCUCAGCCACCGGGGGCGCUACCGUGGCAGCGGCCACCGCUCUGGCAGCGGUACCUGCCUCGUACGCCCUUGCAACUGGUGGGGAGGUGAUUGGGAAUCGUGCCAUAGCCAAUGGAGUGUGAGCAUCUUUGCAAGUCUUCUACUGUGCUAAUAAUUGCUCCAAGCAUUAACCUGACUGAAUGGUGACUGAACUUGUACUUUAAGGGAACACAAAUUUUCGGAUGAACUCUUUUUACGUUGAGGUUUCAGAGGAUGACAGUAAAUUUGUAUCAUUUGUAGUGACUAUGAUUCCUUCAGGAGUUGCCAAAAAUAUAUUGUACUGAAGUCAGCGUGUGUUAAAUAAUAUGAACGUCUUCAGUGGUGUUAGUGAUUUUCUCGAGCCGCCGUCCGCUCUGUCGAGGGUACGGGCAGACGCAAGUGGAGAGACAAAGUACAGCAGAAUAACUUUCAAUGAUGUGUGCUCUGUGAGUUUACUGUCUGUAGUUUUGACUUGUUGAAACUGGAUUUCACUGCAUCUUAGAAAUCUUUGUAGGUUAUUUUGCACUAAAUGUCAGAGACACAAUCAAGUGUUUGUGAUUUGCAGCCAACACAUUGGAGAUCCAGGGAUUGGCUAAAGCCACUACCAAUCUUUUUGCAUGAAAAGGGCACAAAUGUUUUGAUUUUUUUCUGUAGCACUUGUUAUUACAACCUGUGCCUUAUUGCAGCAUUUCCCAGCAUUUAUCAAGUCAUUCUGAAUUGACGGUGUAAUUUCCACUACCUUAAAAUACCUUACAACAGGUACAGUAAAAUUAGGGGGUAACAAUUAGGGGUGUCACAGUGGUGUGGUGGUUAGCACUGUCACCUCACAGCAAGAAGGUCCUGGAUUUGAAUGUGUGUGUGGAGUUUGCAUGUUUUCUCUGGGUACUGCAGCUUCCUCCCCGAGUCCAAAGACAUGCAGGGGUUAGGUUAACAGGUGACUCUAAAUUGGCUGUAGGUGUGUCUGUGCGUUAGCUCUGUCAUAGACUGGCAACCUGUCCAGAGCGUACCCUGCCCCUCACCCUAUUAUAGCUGGCAUAGGCACCAACCUCUCUGUGACUCUAUAAUACACCUCAUACCCAGUAAUUAAUACUGUAAAUAUAAAGUAUUAAAAUACUGUGUAAUUACAAUGUAAGAAGGGAAAAUAUUGUUUGGCCUUUCCUCUAAAAUAGCCCAAAUGCACUCAUUACAUAAAAGUGCCUAAAGUAUAAUUUGUGUCUCCUUACUGUUAAAAUACUCCUAAUAAGGUACUCAUAACUUAAAAAUACUUCAUUCUACAAUAACGGCACUUUAAGGAACCAACAAGUAUUUGUAGGCACGAUUGGAAACACAAACGCACCAAGGUGCAGAGCUCAUUAUUACCUCCUUUUCCUACUGAUGUUUCAAGCACUUUCACCAAGAAAUUCCAGCCUAAAUUCAGAAAAGGGACAUGGUAAAUGUUGGGAAAUCACACAAUAAGAUGGGGGCUGUAUUGUGAACUGCUACCAGUACUUCUUCAUUUGUGGUCUCCUUAUUUGAAGUCCAAUGUGGCACUUUAUCCUCAGCUGAGAGGUCAGUGUGGACACUGAUUUUUAAAGACGUGUUACUGCUGCUGAUGGUGCAUGAUGGUUGUUGGAUGUCGAACAGCCGGAGACCUCUGUCGCAGACGGUACGUGUAGCCUACAGAGACUGUGUGCAUAAUGUUAAAACGAAUCUGAGAGCUGAACGGACACGAGUGUGACCUGCCGGUGCACUACUGUAUGUCUUAUGAUGCCCCUCGGCAUUUUAAUGGCUUUAUCGCUCUGUUCUGUUAACAAAACAGAGAAGAUACAAUGUAACGAAAGAAGAAAACAAAACAAAACAGUAUUUAUUUUGUCAUGCUGCCAAGGGCAAGUUUGUUUCUUGAAAUACCUCCUUAAUUAGCAAAUAUUUCCAGUCUCACUCCUCGUUCUCUGUACUGUGCUAAUAUUGUAAUCCUGCUCCUAGGGUGUGUAACUUUAGACAGAAAGCACAAUAUUUUACAGUUUUUUGAGAUGUGUGAAGAUUAGAAUAGAGCAGCGCAGUCUGCAUAGACCCGGCCUAGUUGUGAUUAGUGUACAUUUAUACACUUUAAUAUAUAGCUAUCCCUUAGGACUGCAUAAAAAUGUAAGGUAUGUAUACAUGUGCCAUUCAUUCAUAAAAUAUGGGCCAUAACCUUACUUUUAUAGACUGUGAAGCACACUGAAUAGAUAAACCAUCCCCAUAAAGCAUUUUUGUGCAAAUAUACCAGAACCCAAGCAUCUUCCAUUUUUAAAAUCAUAUUUAGUACACAGCAUAUAUUUUAGACGUCCUGUAUGGUUUAGUAGUUUGUAUGUUUUCAACAGUAAAAAAAAAA